CCUAGUGCUGAUCAACUUGUAGGCUUAGAUUGUGAAAUGGUUGGCGUUGGCAAAAGCAAGCGCAGUGCCUUAGCUCGUGUAAGUAUCGUUAGCUAUGAUGGCGUCAUUGUAUACGAUAAAUAUGUCAGGCCUGAUGAAGAAAUAACAGACUAUCGAACUCGUUGGAGUGGCAUUCGUAAAUCACAUAUGAAACAAGCUAUAUCAAUGACGCAAGCUCGUCAGGAAGUUUUAACGAUCCUUCGCGAUAAAAUUGUUAUCGGCCAUGGUCUUAAAUUCGACUUUGAAGUCCUACAGUUUCAAUUACCUUCUACUUCGAAAAGAGACACAGCCAAUUACCUUUGGCUCAGGCGGUUAGCUGACGUGCGGCCGUGUGUAACACCUUCGUUAAAAACUUUAGCAAGAAUUAUAUUAAACAAAACUAUACAAACUGGAGAACAUUGUAGUGUAGAAGAUGCUCGUACUGCAAUGCAGUUGUACCGUUUGGUCAGCAAUAAAUGGGAAUUAGAUUUGAAACAGCACUCGAAAUCCUUUAUGGAGGAUGAAUAUUGGCCA